UAACCGCAUGGGUAUGAUUGAAGAUUUCAGUCGUACUAUGGAAGAAGUUAAUGCAGAACUUGCUGCUCUAAGCAAUAUAGCAACAACUAUCAGACAAUCAGGUAAAAGUCUUGCUGAUUUUGGCUUACCAGAAGUAGAAGAACUUCCAGCAGACCCAGAUCCGGAUUUGGGUUUGAUAGCUCAAGACGUAGCCCAAAUUCGAUCUGGGUCUGCUGGAAGUUCUUCUACUUCUGUACGACUGAAAUCUUCAAUCAUACCCAUGCGGUUAUCCAGCCACAGCUGUAGUGGAUUGUUUAAAUCACAAUGGGUAAGUAAGAAACAAAAGGUUUGCCUUAAUUGCCUUGGAGAACCGACAGCAGUCACUUCUUCCAACGUCCUCUCCCACUCAUCAUCACCUUCAAGAAGACCUCUUGCAAGGCAAGCCUCGCGAAAAGUUGGGUACAAGUGGUCAUUGAACGUUCUUAAAAAUUCAAAAGAAGUUGCACCAGGAACAUGAAGCAAUAGCACUCUAAGGUAAAAUCUUUCACCUUCCUUAGGGUUUGAAGAAUACAUUCUGCUGAUAAUUUUACCACCCCCUCUUCUUCUCACCUUCCAUUUAUUUUGUGAUUUAUCAAACACAAAAUGGUACGGAAUGUCAGUGUAUAAGUACAUAUUUGCAUUUGCAUUUUGCUGAUUAAGUAGAAACCAAGCAGUGAGAUGAGAAAGGCGAUUUUCAGCUCUCUCAACUGCAGCUGCUUCAUCACCUUCACGAAAGUAAACCCUUUCAUAAUUUGGCAAAUGAAGAGCUAGUCUGAAUAUAACAUGUGAUUGGUCAUGCAAAUUGUAAGCAAAAAGACGCCAACAUGCCUCUGGAGAAGAUACGUACCUUGCAUCAAGAAAAGUUGUUACUUCAUCAUGAUCUAACCUUUCGUUUAUCUGAAUAUUCGCACAGUCAAAACCUUUAUAUAUAUACUUAUAAAGAUAUUUUACAGCUUUAACCGUCAUACAGGCCUCAAUAUUUAUAUGAGCAUUGUAUUUUUUUGACAAAUAAGGGUUAUAAGGAACAAUCCAUCUGUUAUCAAUAUCUGAAUUUCUGAUAGUAAUAGUCCUUCCAUUAUCACGACGCCUAUAUUUUGGAUAACCAUUACGAUUUGAAACUGUGGAAUUUGAGAAAUCUUUAGGGAAUUCUUUGGAGCAUUUCCCAUCUACCAUGCAAACAGAAACAGGAUUUAAAUGUCCGCAUGGACCAUGAAUCAUGCAACUUUUUAUUGUUUUAUAUAAUUGCGGAUCAUCUAUUUCAAGAGGAAUUUCCGCUGAUAUUAUGGUAUCAAUAUCAUCAGCAUGGCGGAGCUUGUCUUCGUGAGUCAAAUGUAUAAGCAUAUGGACAUGUGGAAGUCCCCUUUUUUGAAAUUCUAUUACAUGAACAUAAGCUAUGGUUUUACCUAGUACUCCUCGCGUGUGUAUAUCUGCAAGAAGUUCUCUCAAUUUUAAAUUAAAGACCCUUGCUAUAAGGUCUGGCCGAUCGCAUGGACUUUGACCGGGAAAGAGAUUGUCUUUAACCUCUGGCCAAUUUGGAUUACAUGUGAAAGUUAAGAAUAAAUCAGGCUUUCCAUAUUUUGCAACAAUGGCCAUUGCGUCCAUGUAAUUUUGACGCAUUGCUCUUGGGCUACCUUGAAAUGAAGAUGGAAGAAUUAUAAUACGUCCUGGAUUGAGCUGUCUUUCGUCAGCUCUGAUACUCAAAUGAUCUACCAAGCCCUGGUAAGACUCAGCUCUUAGUUGCGCUUGAUUUCUGCGUAUAAAAUCUAAACGUUGACCUUCAACCUUAGUAUAUGCAUCAACAAUGUACUGCUGCAAUAAUUUUUUGCCGUAAUGAAUAGAACUGAAGCUAUUCCUUACUGCAAGUCGAUACACAUAGAACUGUAACAUUGUUACUGUUUGACGUCUUGCUGUGCGGUGUUCUUCAACGUGGAGAAUGUUAUUAUACCAUCCUGGAUCUCCCCUUGGAAAAAAAACGGGAUACAUCAUUGGGUCAACAUUUGCCGACAUCGUAGAGAGAUUAGUUAAUGGUCGAUCCUUUGGAUAUAUUACAAUAUCUCGUGUGGUCGGUGGUGCACCAUCUUCGCCAACAAAUACCACAGCUACUUCAUCUUGAGUUGGAGUGUUAUAUCGCCUCCUAUCUCCACCAGCGAGCAUUCGCAUCGUUACUUGAGAAGCUGGGCGAUUUUCACGCACUGCUCGUUGAUUUUCCUCCAUUUCAACUGCAAACAUAUUUUUGAACGCUGCACUGAAAGGAGAUUCUCUUUCCAUUACAGUAUGAAGCAUGUGCAUUACCUCUUCUAAACACUCGGCAUUUGCUGGAUUAUUCAAACGAAUGUUAAGUGCUUCUGUUGAAUCUAUUAUAUACAACUGGUUGAAGGAGGGUGUAACAUUUUCAGGAGGAUGCAAACAGCCAGACCGAUGAAAAAGCUGUCCACUUAUCCUAAAGCAAGGGGGCCCAUGUCCUUGUGGAGGUCUUAUAUUUGCUCCUAGAGAGGCAAAAGCAAAAGAUGAAUUAUAUUUUCGUAUAUUUGUUUGAAAAUUUUUACAUAAUUGCUCCCUUCCCGUAAGCAAGUGAGUCAGCUCUUCAGGGUAUUCAUUUAAUUCAGGAAGGGCUACUUUACCGGAUUGACAACAUUUAAAAUUUCCUUCAUUUUGAAAUUUUUUACUGGAACAAUAUGGACAUGUGUCAGACAUAGGACCAAGUGUGUGUACAGAAGUUUGAGAAACAACACCAAAAUCCCUUGCAAUAUUAUGAAAAACUCUACGUGCGUUUUCUCUGACAUGCCUCAUGUUUUCAGCAUUACGUGCAAGUCUCUCUUCUCGUACUCCUACUUGCUCUACUCUCCUCGCAGCAGCUACCUGCUGUGCAUUGCGCCUCCUUCUAACUUCCGCUUCAGCAGGAGUUUCAAUUGCCCUGUGUGCUAACAUGCGAGAAGUAUUGGUGGACCGUCGACUUCUCACUUCAACAUGCGGUAAGGUGGAUAUUCUGGAGGAAGAACUAACAUUACCUAGUGGAUCAUUUUCAAACUCUUCUGCUAUAUUAUUUGGUGCAUUAUUACUAUCUAUAUUAUUAUUAGAAUGGUUGGUAUUAUUAGCAGGCCGCUGCAAAACAAAUCUGCCUAAUGAGUUUAAAACUACUCUAAACCCAUUGCUACCAGCCAUUACUUACGUACACACAAGAUUAAGUUGUCCUAAAAUAAAAAAGAUGUAUCUGUUACAUCUCCAAAAAAUGAGUAUAAUAGACUAUAUAAUAGAGAAUUAUAGCCGGAAACUUCAGCAUAUUAUGUAAUUACAAUAACUAUGUAUACACAUGUUCUUAUAAGGCACAAAUCAUUACUCGAUAUGUAGCUAGCUAAUUCAAUCACCUUUUUUUACAAUUUUUACAAUUCAGAAUAAAACAGGAUUUUAUAAAUUAGAUGCAUAAAAUGUGGCUACAGACUAAAUUUGGAGAAAAGCUAUGAAGCAAAAAUAAGGUCGUUUAUCAAUAUCGUGGUUCACACGUUAAACAAAAAGCAUGUAGGUUCAAAACAAAUGCUUACGUAAUUUUUGGAGUUUGGUGUUCUUACAAACAUACCUAACCUAGGUAAGGUGUAGCCUUAUAUGCAAAUUAGCAAAUCAUUUACCUUGUAAAUCUCUUCGCUGUAAACAAAAACUUUUUUCUUUUGCACAGUUUGUUUUGUUUAUUUUUUCUUAGCGACGUAAAAGAAUUAGAUUCUUAAUCGAACGUUCUGAACCAAUGAACGCGUUCGAAAAACGUCACAUGAUAACAAUAAGAAACCGU